UCCAACGCGACAAAUCAGUACCAUCGUGUAUCGGGUGCUUCGCCAGGCUCAUCGGUGCGGCUCCUGAGUGGACUCGGGCCCGGGCUUCGUUCGACGAGUAUCUUUGAGGGAUGCUCGGACCUUCGCGCCACACGCUCCUGGGGCUAGCUGGCGGUGCGAUGACCAUUCAUUUUGCAGCUGCGCAGGUCGACUUUCCUUGUUGUCAGCCAUCGGUCUAUUGUUUGGAGACGUGGGGUACCAGCAACGGUCAGUGCUGGGAGUCACGUUCGAAGACAAGACAAGCGCGUGCCAUACCAGAGUUCCAGAUUCGUAUUGUUUAUGACCAGCGCUGACAAGGAUGACCAGGGCGCCUACCAUUCAAGACCAACCUGUGAGCCGUACAUAAGAACUCAUCUGUUCCGCGCACCCAGCCGCCCUCCCC